AUGUCGACGGCGAGCUUGGUCCAACAAGAAGCACACACUGAGAAGAUGAGUGAAGAAGGAAGAAGAAGAUGGGAGGAGAUGAACAUGGAUUGCUUAGUAAAUGCGUUUAGCAGAGCUGGAAUGGAGUCACUGCUUUUGGCUCUCCCUUUUGUCUGUAAGUCCUGGCACGAAGCUACUCACAGUCCUUCAUGCUGGACAUGUCUUAAGUUUCCUGAUCAUAAACCCUAUCCUUUGUUCGUUGAUAAGGCUGAAGAUAUUGACACUCCACCUCGGAGUUUCGGCCCAUUUUAUGAAAAGUUUAUAGAACAGUAUGGAAUCGAUAAGAGUCGAUUUUCAAUCACUGCUUUUAUAAAGAUGGUGGUUGAUCGGAGCAACGGGCAGGCUACUCUACUUAAGCUACCCCAUUUCAUUACAGAAGCAGCUCUGAGAUAUGUUUCAGAUGCGUGUCCUCUGCUCAAACACUUAACGUUUGAGGAUAAUCUGUUGAUUUUCAAGCAUUAUCAAAUUCUCCCGGAAGUGAUAGGAAAGUGGAAGUUUCUGGAGAGCUUGUUGUUAGGGGGCACCAUGGUGCUGAUUCACCAGCAUUUUAAUAUUGGAAAGACCUUCAGUAAAUAUUUUUGGGGGUUGUUGACACUGGAAAUGGAAACUCCGAGCUGUGAUAAUGUUUUGGAGAGAAUUAUAGUGCAGAUUGGAACUCACUGCAAGCAUUUUAGGCAGCUAAGUCUUGUACUAACCCAUCUUCGUCAAGUCGAGGCAUUGGCAAUUGUGAACUUUCUGCCACACCUUGGGAACAUAUUGGCGGUCAGGUGCAUCAUCAAAAGGGAUAGCAUUCUCACAAUUGCUCAGGGAUGCAAAGAGCUUCAGGUUUUUCAUGCCAAGGAAUGUGCAGGCUUUGGAGAGGAUGAUGAAGAAGUAUGCAAGCUUGCUGGUGAGACUGGUCAGAUUGUAUGUGAGGAUUGUGUGCUCGAUGAUGAACUUCUGACUCUGUUGGUUAUUCGCAGACCUACUUUAUUGAGGAGAUUAAUGAUUCUCAUGUUCAGACUGCUGAGUCAUUGA